AUGACUCGGAAACUGGCUGCCCUCUUCUGUGUUGUUCUGGUGUUCUCGUUGGUUUGCGAGGUCGUUGAGGCCGGCUUGCUGGACUCGAUUAAGGACGCAGCUAAUAAGGUGAGUCUCGUUAUGCCGUUUAGUAUGCUACCAGUCGCCAUUGCAAUCAUAAAAGCCAAAAAGAGCCGUUUGCAACGUCUAAACCCACGUUUUGAUAAAAAAAUAUUUUUGUAAAAAAAAUGACUAAUUUAGGUAAAAGACAAAGCCGAGGCCAUCAAGGAUAAGGUCGCAGACAAAGUCGACGACCUCAAAGAUAAAGUCAAAGAGAAAGUGGCCCCGAUAAAGGACAAAAUAGAUCAGGCGAAAGAAAAAAUAGAAGACAAAGCGCAAGAGGUCAAAGAUAAGGUCAAAGACAAAAUCGAAGACCUCAAAGAUAAAGUCGAAGAGAAAGUGGCCCCGAUAAAGGACAAAAUAGAUCAGGCGAAAGAAAAGAUAAAAGAGAAAGCGCAAGAGAUCAAAGAUAAGGUCGAAGACAAAGUCGAUGAGGUAAAGAUCAGCAUAGUAGCACCAGCUUUUGUUAAUGCUUUGAAGUAGCUCCUACUCAGUUGGCGCGCAGCAACAGAACUGCUGUUUGUCGCCAUCUUGCAUCAUGCCAAUUUUUGUUCCAAGUUCCGUUGCAAACGCGCUGCUUAGCCGGCUAGAGAUUGUGGCGUGCGGUAGCUUAAGCUUUGAUCGGAAGCAAAGGUUUACGUGAUAUAAAAUAUUGUUCCAGGCAAAAAACGCGUUCGAACAAGCCAAAGACAAAGCUGAAAACAAGAUCAAGGAGGAGGCGCAAGAGCUCAAGGAUAAGAUCCAAGGAGUCACCCAGGACCGUGAGUAGUUUUCCGCUACACGUUACUUUUGGCAAAAAAAGAUUUGUGGCGACGCACGUCAAACUGAGAUAAGCUGAAACAGUCCGGUGAGUGAUGGAUUGGCAAUCGGCCAAAAAAGACGCGAAAAAAGGUUUUGUCGGCGAAGAAAUGGGGAAUUUUUGGGGCGAGAGAGUACGCUUUUGCAUGCCUUUUUUCUCUCUUUCUCUGCGAAAUGAAGACAAAGUGUAAAAAACCGAUAGCGAAGUGUCUAUUCCGGUCACCGGACUCCUCAGUUUGACGUGCGACGCCUUUCAGAUGAGUUAAGAUUUUAAAUUAAUGUUUCCUGCGAAUUUGAAGCCAUAAGAAGCCGCGAGUAUCCUCGGAGUAUCCUCUAAAAGUUUAUCAAACUCAUUUCAGCCACCUGCAAAAACGCCGCCGAUCAAGCCGGCGACUGUAGCGCCAAGUCCUCACUCUGUACUCAGGCCGUCUAUAUCCCGCUGAUGAACCGAAUCUGCAAAAAAACUUGUUGCGACAAAAAGAAGAAGUCGGGAUAG